UACGCGGACGGAAAAUAAACAAAAGACCCCAGCAGAGAUGGCGUCACUUCGUUGAUGUCUGUCUCUGCUUUAAUUUUCUUGUGCAUUUUUGGUACAUUUUCAUCAUGGGUUCGGCAACAUGAAGGCCUUUUUGAAGGUUUUCCGCCUCGGCUUCGCGUCUGACGCCCGAUCCGUGGUCGCGAGCCCCAGCCCCACGACCUCUGAGAGAAGGUCCUCGUUCUAGUUUAUGAGACGGUUUCCAGUUGGAACAGGGCGACGGACUGGGCCUCUUACACUUACACAUUAACCCCUAAAGCUGGGUCCGAGGCAACUGGGCCCCAGCCCCAGGCCCCUGGGUGGGCCCCAGGCCUCACAGUGGGGGUGGCUCGCUCACGCAGCUCACGCUCUCGGGCCCAGCUGCGUUGGUCUGCAGUCUGAACAUGUCUGCAAACGCUGCAAACGCAAAGCCUGCAGACCCACAGACUCAGACGGUUACGCUGGCCAAUGGGGACGUUGCGAAUGGGGCGGUGGCCAACCGUAUUUGUUCAGUUCUUAACACAAUUGUCAACAAGAUGAGCAACAUGAAGGGGAAAGACAGCCUAAUGAAGAUGCUGCUGGCAGCAGGCCCUGCUAGUAUCACAAUUUCAUCAGGUCCUUCGACCCAAAAUCCAAAUUUUACUGCCUCGGGCAGCACCAGUACAUCUUCCUCGUCAACUCUGACCAGUCCCAUGAGUGACCAAGUUGAGGAGUAUGCUGCCUAUCGUAGCAGCAGCUAUCUUAAACAGUUAACCAGUCACAAUGACCAAGAGGUUACUCUGGUGGAGAUGGACCACCCAUACGCCCAUCCAUGGAACUGGCGACCGGACAAUGUCAAAGCGAAACCUGUCCGGUCAUUGUUUGUUUACCAGUCGCCAAGGAAAGCCCAAGAUGUCAAAGAAAUUGAUGUUGAGAGGCCCCCUCUUCAACCUCAACCUGUUUAUGAUCCAUCUAAAGCACGUUAUUGCAUGGAUGAAUGUGAGCGAUUUGUAGCCAGUGCUCGCCUUGGGGAUGAUAAAGAAAGUGCUGAAACCGAUUGGGAGGAGAAAGUUUCAAGAUUUGGCUGGAGCUCAAUACAGAAUCGCCUUUUCAACAAAAUGGCACGUAUUCUGUAUACAGACCAGUUGUCUCAUCUAGCAAAUUCUGGUCACUGGAAUGAACCAGUUUUAAGAAGAAUCUCUGUCGACAAAUCAUCUCGAAGAGUUCGGGCUCUUUUUGCCUCCAUAUCAUGGGACCUAAAACUAACUCAAUGGUUACAUGCAACAUUAAUAGACUCUCUCAGUGCAAGAUAUUUGUCCUCAUAUUUCAACAUUUUACAGAAUUUGAAAAACAAAGUUCCUACACUGGUUGAUAAAAUGAUGUCAGUAACAACGUCCCUUGGAAGAACGGGGCUGUCAUCAAACGAAGGUAUUAGCCAUUUAAUAAAACGAGUCUGGGAUCCUGCUACAUCUGGUCUAUCAAGAUUCAGACUGCGGAAACUUCCUGCCAAUCCAAUUAUUGUAAUUGUACCAUCUGGUCCGGGCAAAGCUUACAAACAAUCAUCCCGUUCCACAUAUUGGACCACUCAUCUUUCUGCUCUUGGUACUGUUGUCACUGUAUAUACUGGGCAAGUCAAUGGAAAGACAACUCUAUCCAGUUGCUUAGAUCAGUUGCUGACUACAACUCGUACUAAAAUAUCAGAACUUAAGGCUGAUUGCCCUGGCAGGCCCAUAAUUCUUGUCGGUUGGAACACAGGAGCAGCUCUUGCUUGUCAGAUCUCUAUGAUGGACAGUGUCACUGCAGUUGUAUGCCUGGGUUUUCCCUUGUGUACAGUAGAGGGAAUACGAGGAGAACCAGAUGACAAUAUUUACUCAAUGCGAUGUCCUAUUUUAUUUGUGAUUGGUCAGAAUUCAGCUACCACUACGGUUGAAGGUCUGGAGGACAUGCGUAGCCGUAUGGCUGUUGAUACUGGUCUAGUUGUGGUUGGCUCUGCUGAUGACCAGUUGCGGAUGACAAAAACUAAGAAGAGACUGGAAGGAAUAACUCAAAAUAUGGUGGAUCGGUGUAUUCUUGAUGAAGUCAGUGACUUCUUGGGGCCGAUACUUGCCCAGGCCAGUUCCAGACAAGCACAGUUCUACCAGAACAAUGCCCUGAGUGAAAGUACAAACAUUAUUCCCCAUCCGGUACCACCAAGGCCAGGUCCAGGGCGUCCUCCAGGUAGUGGAAAGGGACAACGCAAGAGGAAGGCAUCCGGGGAUAGCUCACUUGACAGUGACUCUGCAACUCCAGCUUUGAAACGAGCUAGAACUGGCAUGCCUUUGACUAUUUGUGGGCCUAGUAGUUCUGCUGCUGCUAAGCAAGCACUGCCCACAAUGCCAACCCUUGUUUCAUACUCUGACCAAGGCCGUAGAAAGGGGUCCUCCUCGUCUCAGCCCAAAAUGGUCAUUAGCUCUGUUAAUUUCACUCCUGCCUCUGACAGUAAGUGGCAAGCCAAUCUGGCUGGAGGCCGCCCUGUCACCGCAAGCUUGUCUCAGUCAACAUCAACAAAUUCCAUUACAUUCAGCCUUGGAAACAUUGCAAGUCUCGGAAACAUCGGUCCAAUACGAUUGGGUCCGGGAUCAGCCCUAGCAGAUGCCUUGUCUUCAGCGAAGAAGGUGUCUGCUAAAGCAAAACAGAUUCCGACUGACAAGGCAAACCCAUCUGAAGGGUCCUCCACAGGAGGAAUGCUUCAGAUGCAAUCAGGUAAAGUGAUUGCAAGCAGGCCAUCUACUCAGUCGGGACUGACCCAGUUGACCACCCUUCUGCAAACUAGUGGGAACACAACACGGCUUGUAGCAGCUCCAGCCGCAUCAAGUAUGAUGACGACAGCUGCAAACAACAGUGGCACAACAACUAGCAGCGCGUCUGGUGUCAUCUACUCGUCUGUUGUCAAUGGUCAACCUCACUUAAAGCAGAUACAGAGCCAUCCUCAACUUCUUCAUACUCAGCAACAGCAGAUUACUGUGUCCCAAGCUCAAGCACAGCUCCGAGACACCUCGUCCUCUGCCGCAGCAAGUGCGACCGGCCUGACAGUGCGCAGCGCCGUGACGAGUGACCAGCUCACGGCGGAGCACAUCAUGAACCUGCCCGUGCUGUUCGAGUCCGACUACGCCGAGUCGCACGCCGCCGACACCCUGGUGACGGGGGAGCAGGCGGUCCGCGCCGUGCGCGCGCUGCAGACCAAGGCGCAGGCGCCUGACGCGCCAGCGAACCCCGUCAAGCUGGUGAUGAGCCGACCGUCGUCGUCCGCCUCCAUGGAGCUGGUGCUGAGCCCCACCGCCUCGACGGCGUCCACCGCCACCACGGCCUCCGUGCAGCCCGGCUCGUCCGUCAAGAUGCUGGGCUUCGUGAAGCGGCCCGUGGUCGUGCCCGGCUCGGCCGCCGCGGCCGGGGGGACGCCCUUGUCGGUGUUCCGGCCGGUGUACGAUGUAUAUCAUAGUGUAAUGUCAAUAUCAGAGACUGAAAUGUUUGUUUGUCUUGAUUUAAAUGGUGAAGCUUGUUUACUAUUUCUAUGGUGGAAUUGGUUAUUAGAUAAAAAUAAUUAUUUGGCUUGUGUUAUUGCUUUGUCUUUCUCACCUAAUUGUGAUACAUUAGCCAAAAGAAUCUGA